AUGUCUCCAAGCAACGCACCGCGACUUCCCCCUCCCGCUCCUCUUGCUUCACAUCCUGCUCCUGCUGCUGCUGCUCCUCCUGCUGUUACUCCUGCUGCUCCUCCGCCUUCUCCUCCUGCACCUGCUGCUGCUCCUGCUGCUGCUCCUGCCGCUGCUCCUGCUGCUGCUGCUCCUGCUGCUCCUGCUGUUGGUGCUGCAGGUGCAGCAGCGCCGUUUGCUGUUUCUGCAGCAGCGAACGAAGCUAUGGAUGCAGCAGCAGAAGCAUCAGAAGCAGCAGCAGAAGCAGUAGCAGAAGCAACAGCAGCAGCUACUGCUGCUGUUGCUGCUGCAGACUGCCCUGUUGUUGAUGAAGCAGCACUGCAUACACUGCCUUCUGGAGAAGUGCAGCGCCGUGCACCUGUUAAUCCCCUUCAUUCGCCUUGGCUUGCAAGAAUAGGCAUAGGAAAAAACAGAAAAAGACGAAGAAAAGUUAAAGACCCUAAACUUCUCAACAACCCAUUGAGAGGCAGACUCGUUGUCUGCAUCAGCACAUCAGCCCUACUCAUCUGGCUAUUCAUUUGGGAAUUAUUAUAUAACUAUACGAGUUUUAACGGUCGCUGUGUAAGCAGCGUUCAAUAUCCAGAUUAUAAGUUAGAGAAGGAGUCUGAGAGGGCUCCAAUGGUGAUACGUUAUGGAGUACUGGAAGACUAUUCCCAGACCCUGCUGUAUUUUAAUCUUCUUCAUUGUUGUGCUGGUGAGAAAGACAGCAGCAGCAGCAGCAGUAACAGCAGCAGCAGCAGGAGCAACAGCAGCAGCAGCAGUAGCAGCAGCAGCAACAACAACAUCAGCAGCAACAGCAAAAACAGCGGCUGCAGCAGCAACAGCAGCAGCAACAGCAGUAACAGCAGCAGCAGCAGCAGCAACAGCAACCGCAACAGCAGCAGCAGCAGUAGCAGCAGCAGCAGCAGCAGCAGCAACAGCAGCAUCAUCACCUUACAAAGCACUUUGUGUGUUAUUGAAUAA